AUGCUUUCUUUUUUGGACUGGGGAUCGAGCUUCCGCUCGAAAAAAGUGUCCUCCAAGGAUCAAAAUGAUAACGCCGGUUGGCCGCCGAGCUUUCCACAGUCGCAGCUGACUUCGUUGCUGGGUACGGCUCCCGCACGCGAACGACUGCGCUCGUUGCUGCUGGAACGACAGCAGCUCCAGCUGGCUAUUCGCCUUCCGGAAAGUGAAAGCGUCGACGAUUGGAUCGUUUUACACUGUAUCGACUUUUUGAACUUGCUGAAUCUUCUCUACGGAAUGGUCUACGUGCACGCUUGCACACCGAAUACGUGUCCACGAAUGACCGCAGGACCGGCAUACGAGUUUCUCUGGCAGCGCUCGGACAAGCGGACAAUGGAGCGCUUGCCGGCCUCCAAGUAUAUUGAACUUGUGCUUUCCUGGGCAGAAGAGGAGCUUCGGCGCCUGAUGGCGGGCAGCGCAAACCGCAAGAGCUGCCACAAGCUGGCACAGCGUUUCCAUCGGAUAUUCGCCCAUCUCUACCAUCACCAUUUAGCAGACUUGCUUGAUAUGGACGCUAUCGCCCAUUUGAAUACAUCAUAUCUUCAUUUCUAUUUUUUUAUCAAAGAGUUCGACCUCGUGGGCAGCAAGGAAUUGGAGCCUAUGCGAGCGUUGACUGAAUGCUUGCUGGCGUAA